ACUUCCUCCCAACACCAAACCAGCGAUUGGUCGAAGUCAGGUCUUAUGUCAGACGAAAACACUGUUUUGUAACUGACAAUAAUACCUAAAAACCGUCGGACUCUGUGCUUCGAAUUGUAAAGGAUGGCAAAGGUUCCCAAGGUGCGUCUGUCCGGGGGGCUGGAGAUAUGCCGCGUCCUCAACGGCAUGUGGCAAGUGUCCGGAGCACACGGUCCGGUGGACAUCCCUAAAGCAGUGCAGGCCAUGCAGGCAUAUGUGGAUGCAGGACUGACCACCUUUGACAUGGCUGACAUUUAUGGACCAGCAGAGGAGAUCUAUGGACUCUUCAACAGACAGCUGAGGACCCAGACAACUGAAGGUUCCACCAUGGUUCUCCAGGGUUUGACCAAGUGGGUUCCUCGACCAGGUCCAAUGGACCCCAAGGUGGUGAAGGCAGCGUUGCAGCGCUCCAUGUCCCGUAUGCAGGUGGACAGGCUGGACUGUGUCCAGUUCCACUGGUGGGACUAUGGAGACAAGAGAUACCUCCAGGCACUGGGAUACCUGGCUGAUCUGCAACAGGAUGGACUCAUAGGAGACCUGGCUCUCACUAAUUUCGACACCCACAGGCUUGAGGAGAUCACCAGCAAGGGCAUCCCCAUCUCCAGCAACCAGGUGCAGUACUCGCUCAUUGACCAGCGUCCUGCAGCCAAGAUGGAGGAGUUCUGUUUGUCUCACAACAUCCAGCUCCUCACCUACGGCACUCUGGCUGGUGGUCUGCUCUCGGAGCGCUAUCUCGGGAAGGCGGAGCCCAAAGGACGGGCAGAGCUCUGCACUGCCUCGCUAAGCAAGUACAAGAACAUGAUCGACAGCUGGGGAGGGUGGGGCUUGUUCCAGGAGUUGCUGGUUGCCUUGGACACCGUCGCUACGGGACACGGCUGCUCCAUCGCCAACGUGGCGACCCGCUACAUCCUGGACCGCCCUGCGGUGGGCGGGGUCAUCGUUGGCUGCCGUCUGGGCGUGGUGGGGGCGGAGCAUAUCGAGGACACCAUGCGCAGCUGCAGCCCAGAGCUGCUCCUCACGUCAGCGGACCUGCAGACGAUAGACGCUGUUCUGGCACAUUCCAGACACCUGCUGCAGCUUCUAGGAGACUGUGGGGGCGAGUACAGAUAGAGGGACGAUGGGGGGGGGGCUGAGAUAGGUGGUGUGGUGGAGAAGCAAGGGACAAGGUUGACAUUGAGAGGAGAUGGUGGAUGAAAGAACGGAUGAGUAUAGCUGGAGGAUUUGGGUGAUGAACGGAGACUGGUGACAAGCCUGGAGGGAAGGAAGAGAAGAGAGAAUACAAGUAUACAUGGAGGGGGCGGGGCACAAACAAUUCUACCUUGUAAAUAAUAUAUCAGUGCUCUUUGCAAUGUAAAGUUAUUACAGAGCUGCUUCUAUCAUGCCCAUUCAGCCAGAACAAAGUUCUUACCUUGUGUAACUUUCAUAUGUUUGAAUCAUGAUUAAAUCAAGUCCAGAAAAG